AUGACAGACUUCGAAGACAGCGACCACAAGCCUGAAGCAACCAGGGAAUUAAAGCUUUGGCUAGCUGCUUGCAAUUGUCAACUGUACUUUUCGCGAUUCAUUGAGAAUGGGAUCACUCUUGAUCUAGUACCUGAGCUAGAUACCGCUGCCCUUAAGGAAAUUGGUGUAAGUUUGUUGGGAGAUAGAAUGAGAUUGGAAUUGGCCAUCAGCAAGUUGAAAAUGGAGAAGUCGAUCACAAGUGCGAUCUCGAAUGAAGAGCUUCAGAGAAUGGUCAAUUUGCAUCUUAAUGGAGGAUCAACCACCACGCUAAACGGAGAUGGUGGACUUGGAACACCAAUAUCGAGUGCUGACGAUUAUUAUAACUCGGGAUCAACUCCCACUCAUGGUAAUAUGAUUGGCAGAUCGGUCCUUACCCCGACAAACGAAUCAAGCACUUCAGUGGGAGGGCAACCAGGACUGCCAUACUUUUACAAUAGCCAGAGCAACAAUAACAGCAGUAGUAAUGGAUUGGGUGGCAGUACCGUAGCAGGCACCUCGUCUAGUAUCGGCACCUUGGGAAAUUCCAAUAACAAUAACAGCGGGACAUUAGUAUUCAAUAAGUCCUCUUCAUCAUCUGGUACUGCUCCUAGCAACGACAAGAAUAUUACAUUUAUUUUACAAGAUGGGUCAACCAAAAAGGUGAACAUCACAGGAUGUUUUAAUGCCCAGUCUAUAAAACGUAAAGUAUUGAAAAAAUUAGGUAUAAAAGGGUCAGCUCAAGAUCAAAAUGCAUACGAUAUCUAUAUUUUAACCAACAACACUACUGCUUCUAACUUCAAUGCCAGCAACGACUCUCUCCCCGAAGGCACGAGUAUGCUAUUUGAUGUAGAAUUGGUCACCAUCUGUUAUUCACCCGACAGAUUGGAAAAACAUAGAAUUAUGUUAUGUCCCAAGGACUCUUACCCCACAGAAGCACAAGUGGAAGUGUCUAAGAAGAUUAUGCAAAAGUAUGAUAGACUUAUGGCAAACAACGCAAAGUCAUCCCGAUUUGAAUCAAAUACAUCAAAGAUGAGUGAAUACCAUAUUCCUGAUCAAAGAGCCUCUAAACCCCCUCCAACUCUUCGAAACUUCUUUGGCCAGAGACCCCCAAGUGAGUUAAUUUCGUCUAAUUUAGCAGAGUAUUUCCCAGAAGCAAGACAGAAAGAGUUAGAGCAAACAGUGAGGAACUCGGUAAGGUACAGUGUACGGUUAUCGAAAAGAUUCAACUUACCUCAAUCUAUGAUCUUAUCUUCUUCUUCCUCCUCCAUAUAUAAUCCAAAUAAGAGGACUUCAAUAAUGAGUACCAACAGAGGAGCUCCACUGUUUGUGUCUUCUAUUGAGCAUAAGAGACUCCCUACAAGCAAGACUAUUGGUGAAAUGAUGGUUAACAAUAUUAAUGCGAUCGAUGAAGCAGCUGCGGCUUCCACAAGCUCACUAGUUUCCCAUCAACAGCAAACUUCCACUACUGCGAUCUCGUUAGGUAAACCUCCUUCAAUUUAUUCUAACGUCAGUGGGCAUAACCAACACAACUUAGUUACUAGUGGCAGUGUAUUCAACCCAAAUUUAGUCAACAAUAAUGCUAAUAACACCUACACCAGUAUAGGGAACUAUAGCAACAAUAGCAGUAACAAUAAUAACAAUAACGAUGCUAAAUCGAUAUCAUCUGGCAUUUCGUCUAGAUUUAGUUCUCCGAACCAUAGAUUGUCCAUACCUGCCAAUUUCACUGAUCAUUAUAACACUAGCAAUAAUAGAUAUUCGAGAAUAGAAUUAUUGAGUGUUGAUUCUGACGAUGAAGAAAGCGAUGACUUCCUUAACAGUUAUUGGGACAGUGAGAAUGGAAGCAGCACCACAGAUUUAACUAAUACUAAUACGCCCAGGAACACACUUGGUUCGAUAAUUGAAGGAGGACCCAAGAAUUGGCUACAAGGUGCUAGAAUUGGUGCUGGAAGUUUUGGUACUGUUUAUUUGGGAAUGAAUCCCUUAUCUGGAGAAUUGAUGGCUGUGAAGCAAGUGAGCUUACCCGAUAAGAAUAGUGCAAAUCAUAACCUGCAGAAGUCCAUGAUUGAGGCAUUGCAACAUGAAAUGAACUUAUUGAAAGAGUUGAAUCAUGAGAAUAUUGUGAGAUAUCUCGGAUCAUCUACUGAAGAUAAGUACUUGAAUAUCUUUUUAGAAUAUGUGCCUGGUGGUUCUGUUCUGUCCAUGUUACAAUCUUACGGUCCCUUUGAAGAGCCUUUAAUCAGAAAUUUUAUUAGGCAAGUGCUAAUCGGUUUAAGUUAUUUACAUGGUGAAGAUAUCAUUCAUCGUGACAUCAAGGGUGCGAACAUUCUUAUUGACAUCAAGGGUACAGUAAAGAUCAGUGACUUCGGGAUUUCUAAAAAGGUCAAUAGAAGCAGUAGAUCAAUGGAAGACGAGCUGGCUCUGGAGUUAAGAAAGGGUAGCCGCAGAGCUUCGUUGCAAGGUUCAGUAUAUUGGAUGGCGCCAGAAGUUGUGAAACAGACAGCAUAUACCAAGAAGGCAGACAUUUGGUCUGUCGGUUGCCUUAUUGUGGAAAUGUUUACAGGUAAGCAUCCAUUCCCGGAUUUUAGUCAAAUGCAAGCCAUUUUCAAGAUUGGUACUCAUAUCACCCCUCAAAUUCCUGAAUGGUGUACCAGAGAAGCGAAGGAUUUCUUAGAGAAGACUUUUGAGCUUGAUUAUGAAAAGAGACCAGAUGCCGUUGAUAUGUUGGGUGAGCCCUUCUUGAAUACCUUAAUUAUGUCCAAGAAGUAG